UUCAGUCACAAGACUUUUUUUGGACAGUUAGAGGGGUUUGCCCUGACACAACAGACGGGCAGCAGAAAGCUGCAGAUGGGCAGAUUCUGAGAGAUCAGAGAGAAGUAAAAGAGAGAAGAAAGAGAAAGCAGACCAACUCAAAAGACUAUAAGGGGAGCAAGGUUGGCCGCUGUCUGUUUCCUUCUCUUAAUCCUUAAAUCUUCUGUAAUCAGGAUGAGAGGAAGAGAGCACGUUGGCUGACUUAGGACAGCAGAGUCUAUGUUGGGACCUGGCUGAUGAGGCAACCUUACUGGGCACUAGUAGAAAUGGAGGGAGGGGAAAAGCUGGAGCUGCAGUCAGUUUUGGGAAACUUAGCCUUAACCAGGUUCUGCUAAGCGUCAGCGAGAAGAGUGGAAAUCCAGGAUGGUUUAACUGUCAAGAGGAAGUAAGAAACCAAAGGAAAAAAAAAAAAAGAAAAAAGAAGAGGACUAACUCAUGGCCGGACUGUUUUCAGAUAAGGGGUCUCUGCUGCAGGCCUGACACCCAGGUGUGACCAGAGUCAGCGGGGGUUCCAAUGGCUACUGCAAAUGAUGACCCACACCUGGGCAGUGGCCCAUCUGACGACUCAGAGAUCCUCCUGGAUGACUCUGACUCGGGCAGUGUGCUUUCAGAUGACUCAGUGCUUCCCAUCUAUGAAAGGGACGGAAAAUCAACAGAGCCGGCUAAAACACUGUACGAGGCCUGUGCCAAGAAUGACGCUGCAUCCCUGCGCAGCAUCAUGGAGAGAGGAGUCACAAAAGAUGAGGCCAUGGAGCUAGACAUCAAUGGCAGGAAUGGGCUGAUGCUGGCUGUGUCCAAGGGUUUUGUGGACAUCGUCGCCUUGCUUCACACAUGCCCAUUAAUAGACAUCAACCACCAAGAUAAUGAUGGCAACACUGCUGUCAUGAUUGCCGCCCAAGCAGGCUUCAUCACCAUCCUGAACUAUAUCCUUAACUACUACCCUUGUGUGGACACUGAGAUCAGGGACCCCCGUGGGUUCACAGCUCUCAUCAAGGCAGGCCUACAAGGCAGAGAAGAGUGUGUGUCUGCAUUGCUAAUGCAUGGUGCAGAUGUCAAUGCAGUCGAUCUCGUCCAUGGGAAAGGCCUAAAGGACUGGGCCCUUAGGACAGGAAGGUUUGAGACUCUGAAUAGACUGCGUCGCCUGCAAACUCGUCCUAUUGCAGAACAGUUCUGUGAAAGCUACAUUCCUGAGUGGCCUGAGCUAAAGCUACUGGUGGCAAAGGCCACUGCAGCCAAAACAGCAGGUCAGAAGCUGAGGCAGCGCUUAAAAGACAGCCUUAGUUUCAGCUUCCCACAUGACCCCCAAGACAAUGGGGUCAUGGACCACAUGGUGCGGAUGACUACAGGCAUCCACAGCCCCUUGAUAGCUACUGGUUGCCGUCCACUCUGUCCCACCAGUCCCCCAGAGAUUGGCAAGCGACGAUUCGCUGUACCGGAACUGCUUAACAAGCACAGCAGCAAGGAAUUGGAGGAAAGCACAGUGUCUCACAGUAAUGGCUCCAUCACCUCAGCUUCACCUGUGUCAGCAACCUCUGUAUCACUGACCUCUUGCUGCCAAGACUCAGAGCGCAGGCAAAGCUCACCAACAGGUGGCAUGAAAAGCUUCAUGCCCCGCAGCAUGGCACACAGAAACAGCAUCUUCCCCUCAGGCUGCAUUCCCAAAAUUGAAGUUACAAAAUCUGGGGAGCGCACUCCAAAGAAGGAGAAAAAGAAGAAAAGGCAAAAGGGUUACCUGGAACCUCCUGUCUGGAAGUACAAGGAAGCCAAGGAGGAAAAAAAGAGAGAGAAGAAACAGCAAGAAAAGGAAAAAGAGGAACAGAAAAAAUCGAAGGGGUCCAAACGUUCAUGAAGUGAAAACGCCCUUUUUUUGUUUUUAGCAAAACUAUUCUGAAGUGAGCAGCUGACAAGUGAAACACAUGGGUGAACCUUGAUCUGGAAACUGCACUGGCUGGGCAUUUUUUACUUGUGAUGUAUUUUUCAGCAUCUUUGUACAAGCUGAAAAAUUAUGCUAACCAAACAGAAAUUGGUUUUCCAGAGACUGUGGUUUACUGGUUUCCUGUCUGAAAGGGUGGAUUGGUUUUUUGAGGACGCGAGUACACUGACUCCACACACCUGCAGUCAUGUUAUUUUUCUCUAUAAAAGGAUUUUACCCAUCUUCAUCUCAUGAGCAACUUCUCAGUAGCGUGCCAUUGUGGUAUUUAACUGCAAUAUAACCAAAUAGCCCAUAGCCAACAGUGUACAUAAACUGUAUGUGAUCAGAUGCCUUCAGGAAAUGUAUUAAAGUCACAUUUAAUCAAAGACCGUGAAAGGCAAAAAAAAAAAAAAAAAAAAAAAAAUGGGCAUAAAAAGUACUUAGGCUACAAAUUAAAGGAAAAAAUCAGAAAAGGUGUCCUGCUUGAUGGUGAAUGUUCAACACUUUCAGAAAGCUGUUCAACUUGAUUGAGUUCUAAUCCCUGCUAAGGUCAUGGCAUAUUUACUGACCCCUUGUCCUCUAUAGUUUAAAGGACUGUCAUCCUGGACAAGGAGAGAAAUGCUCCAUCAUGGAAUAAUUAUGAUGACUCGGAACACUUUGUAUUGAUUUCUAUCCCACCUUGCCUCUUAGACCUGAAAUAUACUCCCUUACAGACUUGUGCAUGGCAGCUGCAGAAACCAUGAACAAGUAACUGCUCUUAAUAUUUUAUCUCCUAUUCUGCUUGGAGGAAGAAUGCACAGCUUGUGCAGUAGCUAUAUAACAACAAACUGACUACAGACAUUUUUUUUAGUUUAUGCAGUAUGGAAAGCACAAGUGUGAUAUCCAUGGUUCAGUUCCAUUAAGCGUCUCAGUGAGCCAUGACAAGGACCCAGCACGUACUAAAGCACAACCUCCCCUGAGUGGAGGUUUAAUACACUAUUAAUGUCUCCGAAAAGGGUAUACUGGAGGCAUAUGUGAACAUCUGCAAGGACUCUCCCUGAUAAUAAAUCAAAGCAGUCAUUGCAACCUUGCAGAUUCCAAAAGUAUCAAAUGCGUACAGAGACAAGUAACCCCAAGCCAUGCCAGCAAAAUGUAACUGCAAGGACUAAGGGUUCAGGUUUUUCCUUUAAUUUGCCAUCUUUUCCGUGAUUCUUUUGCUCUUUUCUGUGUUUGCUGAGAGCCAUCUAUGAAUCAUGUAGCAUCUACCAGAUGCCUUUGUAUUUUAAACUUCAUCAGAAAUCUCCAAACUGUUUUGCUGUGUCAUGCAAAUGAUGUGUGUGUGAUACUAUAAAAGGAACAGAGCCAUCUCUGAAGCAUCUUCUUUCAUACUGGAAAAAAAAUGCUCAGUGGCAUGCAAAUAGAAAUCUUCAGCCUGCUGCUUCAUAUUGUUUGUUUCAUGGAUUAUUAUUUGAAAACGAGUACUGUUGCUAUUCAGGGAAAUAUAUUCCAUAUUAUUUUCAGGAUAACAAACUGCAUAUUCAGGAACAGAAACCUCUUGUGGACUAUAGCUUAAUUUUGGGAUUUUUUAAAUUAUUCUCUUUAUAGAUAAACUAACUACAAUAAUAAAUAAUAAAUCUCGCAUUUAACUGCAAUAAAUAUCCCAAAUACAGCUAAAUAUGUUUAAUCGUGUUCUCUACAAACUAUAUAUAAUUAGAUACAUUGUGGUGAAAAUUUAGGCAAUCAUUUCUGGGGUCAUUUAAAGUCAAAACAAGAGAUGCAAAAAGCUCAGGUCUUCAACAUCUUUAUAAAGUCUGUAAAACUGAAACUGUGUCCGCAUGUCUGUGUGUGUGUGCUUGUGUGUAUGUGUAAGUUUGGA